CGAAUGGUGAAAUGUCAGAUUUUACUUCAUUGGUACGAUAGUUGUAGUAGUUGUGUUAUUAUUAGUUUGUUUUGUGUCAUAAUAUGGAUGUCAAUAAAGGAAAUACGUAGUAUUUAAUAAAACAGGUGGUAAUUGAUGCGGAUUAAAAUGAACCAGGAACCCUUAGGGGUGGCACCCGACAUUGUACUGCCGCAAAAUUUGGAGCGAUGGAGCGAAAAGAGCUCCAUGCACAACCUGACCGACUACAGCGCCAUCGGGGCGUCAAAACAUGACACUUCCCCUUUUCCAUUCGAUCCAGAAAUAAAUCAAAAAAUUGUCCUAUGGACCGGUGAUAUUUCCUCUUUACAAGUAGAUGCUAUAGUCAAUUCAACCAACGAAUCCAUGAGUGAUAGUAACCCAGUUAGUGAUCGGAUAUUUCAGAGGGCAGGCUCCGAACUAAAAGAAGAAAUUAAUUUAGAUAUUAGAGAAUGUCGAACUGGAGAGGUUAGAGUCACUCAAGGCCAUGCACUGCCAGCUCGAUAUAUUAUACAUACUGUAGGACCUAAAUACAAUAUUAAAUAUCAAUCAGCAUCUGAAAAUACUCUUCAUACAUGUUAUAGGAAUAUACUACAAAAAUCAAAAGAAAACGGCAUACAUACUUUAGCGAUUCCGGUAGUUAAUUCAGUUAAAAGAAACUAUCCUCCAGACGAGGGAGCUCACAUAGGACUACGUUCUGUUCGUCGUUUUUUGGAGCGGCACGGUAGCUGUUUGGACACUGUUAUUUUCGUGGUAGAUAAAUUAGAUUUAGGUAUAUACGAAGUGUUAUUGCCUUUAUAUUUCCCGAGAUCGAAGUUCGAAGAAGACGCCGCCAGGUGGCAGUUGCCAAGCGAGGUGGGCGGACCCGAAGGCGAGCCGAUCAUGCCCGACCGACAGAUACGGAUUAUCGAUAAUCCACAGCACACCUUGCAUGCGGACGAGGAAUCCAUAGAUUUAUCAUCGCAGCUCGAUACGUCGGUAAACGUGGGCGAACAUGCAUUCAGUCAAAUGCAAGGCGAUUUGGACCAGCAACGUUUGCUGGGAGAAAGGACCUACAACGAUCCCCUCGCCGAUAUUAUGAUCAAGGAAAUUCAACACCAAGAACGGUGA